AUGACUGAUAAGGAAAAGAAAGUCAACAACAGUAAUCCACAAGAAGAUGUACUGCGAUUUUCUGACGAUGAUAGUAUGAGUAUUCAAGACGCUGACAUUAGCGAUAGUGAACACGAUUUAUUGAUAAGAUUAUCACAACAAGCACAAAAUCGUCGAGCAUCGCAAAAUCAGUACCACAAUGAUAUUAAUGUUAUAGGUGAUGACUCCCAUAAUGAUACAACUGCCAGUUUAGACCUUGAAGUUGUCUCAAACGAACACGACAUUGAAGAUCAUUUGGAUGAUGAAAUUAUCGAAGAAGACGACGAUGACGACGAUAACAGUGACAACGAUGAUAAUUCACACGAUCAUAGUGACGAUUUUGAAGAUCCUGAUUCUAUGAGUAUGAUGGAAACUGCUGAUUUCUUACGUCAAUUAAUGCAAGCAAGAAGAAAUAGAACCACUGAAAUCCGUAAUCUGAAUAGUGACAGUGCCGGCCAGAGCCUAAACGAGGAUGAUGAUGAAAUGGAUAAUGACGAACAUGACAAUAUCAACGAUGAUGACGAUAAUGAUGGAGAUGGAAAUGAAGAUGACGAAGAAGUUGAGGAGGAGGAAGAUGAAGAUGAAGAUGAUCCCCGUGCUGAGUUUUUGAGGGCAAUUGGUGCGCUUACAGGCGGCAAUAGAAACAGCAGUAAUGGUGAUACCAGCUCCAGUGGUAACGGGUUUGUCGAUGUAAUGCAAAGAUUGAUGGGAGGAGGUGUUAUUUUCGAUGGAGGAUCUGCUCGUGAUAGUGGCGAGAUAGAUGCGUUGGUCAACAAUUUAAGUCAAAGAGAGGAUACCUACAUUGUCCUUGAAUCUAUGAAUGAGUUGUCAGAGAGAUUAUUGAUGAUGAAUGGAUUAACCGCAGAAAGAUUGAUCCCUGCCAAUAAGUUAGCUAGAAGCUUGAUUGAAAUAAUGGAAGAUCCAAAGUUGGAAGAGGAAUUGGAACUACAUUUAGUGGCAUGUCGAUGUUUAUAUAAUUUCUUGGAAGUGAAUCAAGAUUUCAUACACGAUGCUUUGAAUAAUAAUGCUAUUCCUGCCUUGUGUAAUAAACUUUUGGAGAUCAAAUAUAUCGAUUUGACUGAGCAGGCAUUGCAGACACUUGAAAUGAUAUCACGAGACCCAAUUUCUCAUAAUAGUAUUAUAUCAAAUAACGGGUUAACUGCAUGUCUACAGUAUUUGGAUUUUUUAACAAUUCAUGCUCAACGAAAAUGCUUAACUAUAGUUGCCAAUUCAUGCAGUAAUAUCUCCAUUGGAAAUUUCCCCAAAGUCAAAGAAGCAUUUAAUGGUAUUGCUGAAGUCGUAAGAAAUCAUAACGAUAAGGUAGUUGUUGAAAAUGCAUGGUUAACCAUUUCAAGAAUAGUUAUGUGUUUCAAAAACAAACCUGAUCUAUUAAAUGAAUUGUUUGCAGAUAAGGAGUUACUUUUCAAAGAGUUGACAAAAGUUAUUCUUGUGAGUUGUAAUAAAUCCCUGAAUACCAGUUCGGAAUCAAAUCAAGUAACACUCAAUCAUGGAUCCAACUUGAGUUUGAUUAAGUCGUUGAUAAUUUUAGUUAGUGUGAGUGUCGAUGUUUCUCGGAUAUUGAUUAGUGAAUGUGAAAUUGGAUCUAUAAUUGUUAAAUCAUUAAACAAAUAUGCCAAACAAAAUCAGGAAAUUGACCCCUUGAAAACUCAUUCUGAUAGUAUAUCUAUUGAGGCAUUAAUGUCUGCACCUAAAGAUUUGAUUUCUCAGUUUUUGAGUUUGAUUGGAUAUUUAUUACCCAUUACAUAUUCAACAUCUGAUGCUUUAUAUUUAAGACCUAAUUACGAACAAGAUCAGGAGAGACAAAAUAUAAACCAAACUAGGAUUGAAUUAUGCACCCAACUUAUACCGAAUGAGUAUUGGAAGUUUGUCAAUGAUAUAUGGUCAUUAUUAAUUCUAAGUUUCCAAGCAACCAUGGAUUUUGAGAUUAGACGUAAAGGGUUUGUCAACUUGUAUCGUAUAAUUUGUUCAAAUGAGAGCGAUUUUUCACUCAUUAAAGAUGUGGAUUUUAUUGCAGGGUUACUUGCUAACGUUGUCACUCAAUAUCAAUCAAUUGUAAUCAAAGAAUUUGCAAGUGUGGAGAGUAAUGAUGACGAUAUGGUGAGCACCGAUGUUGAAGAAAAUGAGGAACUUGGUCAAGCUAGUACAUCCCAAGAAGACGAAGACGACUAUGAUGACGAAGAUGAAGACGAUGAGGUUGUAGAUGAAGAUGAAGAUGAAGAGUUUUCUAUCCUAGAUAGUCGAGGUACAUCUAGUAUUCAAAGCAGUACAUCAUCAUUACCAGAAGAUGUCAAUAAAUUGAACUCAUUGAUGUUAUUGCUAAGUUCAUUGAAGAUCAUCAAAGUUUUACUUGAAAAAGCACCAUUCACAAUUAUUGGCUUAUUUGAAAAAGAAGGUUUGAUCAAUGACGUAUUAAGACUUUUGAAGACAUUGAGUGACAAAGCUGAUCUCAACGAAAAAGAUCCAAGAGCAUCCAUCAAUCUGAUGAUGAGUGCAUACUCAAAUAAAUUUAUUGAUAGUGAAUUCACCAAGGAAUAUGAGUAUAAAUUAACCAGCAGAGUAAUUUAUUCUAAUAUCGUUAGUAUUGCUACCGAUAUUAACUCGUUAUAUCAACAAAGUAAAAAUGAAGGAUUACAGAAUAUAUCUGAAAACAUGAAGGUGUUACAAGAAGUCAAGACAACUUUAUCUAAUCAUAAAAAUAUCAAGUCUUUUAGUUACAAUCAAUGGCUUGAAUUGUGGAAUAAUUUGAAGCUUGCAUUUUGUGGGUCAUCUUCACCGGUUUCUAGUUUUGAAUUGAUUUCUUCUGGUGCUAUAGAAUCAUUGACCAAAUUGUUUAGUACUGAUUUCGGUUUAGAAUCAAGUGAUUGUUAUAAAGCAUUCACAGAAGCUUUUUGGAAAGAUGAUUCAGCUACAUUUUUGGUUCAGAAACUUCAAGAGGCGUUAACAAGAUCAGAAUCAUUUGAUAUUGUUUCAGCUACCAGCAGCACAAAUAACCAAUCAUCGUUUGCUCGAGAUCAAAACCAAGCUGCAAUCAUGGCAAACCAAAUUAAAUUAAAAUUGAUUGCUGAAGAUGAGAAUAGUGAUCAAAGUAAAUUACCUGGAAAUAUGCAAAAUAUGAUUUUGUCAGUUCACGCCAUUGCUACAUUUAAAUCUGUUUUUGCAUUUUUGAAGCAAAGAUUUAAAUUUUUUGAAGAAUUAGGAGGUUCAUUAAAUCGAAGUUUCAAUAAUGAAGAUUCAGAACGCAAACAGGAUUUAAAUAUUGAAUUUUUGAUCAAUGGAGAAGUGAUUCCUAAUGAAACAACAAUCUAUGGUGUCAUAUACCGUUCUUUACAAGAAACUCCAGAUGAAGUUGUUAACUCAAGUAAAAUAUGGUCUAAAGUUCAUAAUAUCACUUACCGUAAAGUGAGUUCCGAAGUUAGCAAGGAAGCUCCAUUUACUAAUUUCAACCUUCAUUAUAAUACUGAUCGUGAAUUAAGUUUAUAUGACGAUACAACUAUUAAUAUUUUGAAAUUAUUAAAAAUACUAUUCCGAAUGAACAAUAAUUUUAGUAAUGGUGGUGGUCACAAUGUGGCUACUAAGGAGUUUACAAAUUGGAAAUUGACUGUGAAGUUGAAUCGACAAUUGGAGGAACCAUUAGUUGUUGCUAGUGGUACGUUACCGGGUUGGAGUAUUCAUUUAACUAAACAAUUUCCAUUUAUUUUCCCAUUUGAAACGAGAAUAUUCUUUUUGCAAUCAACUUCAUUUGGCUAUUCUCGUUUAAUUCAUCAAUGGCAAUUGCGUACAAACCAAGGUGGCGAUGACAAUGUUGGUAGUACUAGUACCAAUCAAGGUAACAAUCAAAGAAUGCAAUUGGGUAGACCUACAAGACACAAAGUUAGAAUUUCCAGAAAAAUGAUGUUACAGAGUGCAGUGAAAGUAUUGGGCAUGUAUGGAUCUACCCCAGGGAUUUUGGAAAUUGAGUAUUUUGAUGAAGAAGGUUCUGGAUUGGGUCCAACUUUAGAGUUUUAUUCAACUGUGUCUAAAGAGUUUUCCAAGAAAAAACUAAGGUUAUGGAGAGAUGAGGAGCCAAGACAAGCCAGUGAUGUUGAUGUUGAUGUUGAUGAAUCUUAUGUUGUCAACAAAUAUGGAUUAUUUCCUAAACCAAUGGAUAAAACCCAAUUAUCUAGUGAAAAUGGUCGUAAAGUAUUGUAUUUUUUCUCCUCAUUGGGUAAAUUUAUUGCUCGAGCUUUAUUAGAUUCCAGAAUUAUAGAUUUCAAUUUCAACCCUGUCUUUUUGCUGCUAAUCCAAUUAUUAAAUAAAACCAAUGGAAUAAAUUCAACUUCCAGGACCAAUACAUCAAAGUUAUCGAAGAAAAUGGCUACUAUUAGUAACUUACGUUUGGUUGAUCCUACUUUAGCUGAUUCCUUACAACAUUUGAACAAGUAUAUUGAGUUAUUUGAAUCUAAUUCAGACAUUCACAAUGUUACUGUUGAUGGUGCAAGAGUUGAAGAUUUGGCAUUAUUUUUUGAAUUACCUGGUAAUCCCGAUUAUGAAUUGAUUCCUAAUGGUAGUGAUACCCUCGUUACCGCCGAUAACUUGGAACUUUAUAUCAAUAAAGUGAUUGAGGCAACUUUAUUUAGUGGUAUUCUUACUCAGACUAAAGCAUUUAUGGAUGGAUUUUCUAAAGUUUUCCCAAUAAAUUCGUUAAUAAUAUUUUCGUCACGUGAGUUGGUGGAAUUAUUUGGUAAUGCGGAAGAGGAUUGGUCAAUGGAUACUUUAACUUCAAGUAUUGUUGCUAAUCAUGGAUAUACUAAAGAAUCAGAAGCCAUAAAAUCAUUAAUUGAUAUUUUGAUGAAUUUCAGUAUUGAAGAGAAACGAGAGUUUUUACAAUUUUUAACUGGGGCACCAAAAUUACCUAUUGGUGGAUUUAAAGCUCUUAGACCUGAGUUGACAGUAGUUAGAAAACAUGCUGAAGACGGCCUCAAAGAUGAUGAUUACUUGCCUAGUGUUAUGACUUGUGCUAAUUAUUUGAAAUUACCAAACUAUUCAAGUAAAGAAAUGAUGAAAGAGAAAUUAAUACAAGCCAUGAAAGAGGGUGCUGGUGCCUUUUUGUUAUCAUAA